CCUGACACGGCUCAUGCACCCCUCCGAGAGCCAAUAUCCCGUUAUGUCAGCCCUGCCUGACUUUCUCCAACUUUCAGACGGCGACGGUGUCGAGACAUGCAUUCAGAAGACUUGCAACGCGCACGACUAAUUUUGUUAAGUACUGACUUGUUUCGCUCGAACCCACACCUUGUCCUCACUCUCAGCCCAAAUGUACGGACGCACGGUCAACGCUCAGCUGUAGCCGUCGGGAGACACGGGCUUGAUCGGCAUCACUUGUGACAAACCGUGACAGAAAUUACUGUAUCAACACUGGUCCACGGCCGAGCUGUCUCGCCGCAACACCUCCUAUGCACCCAUCUCUCAGAAUUUAAAUCGCAAAAUAAAUGUCGAUACUAUGAGGGACGGACGAAAUACGUGAAACCAUUAUCAAAGGGGGUUCAGGGAUGGUAUAGAUCUGACAUUCACUUGUGAGACAUAUGUCUGGCCCAGCUGCCGCCCAGAACUGUUACAAGUCGCAGCGUCUUGACUCCAUUCUCACGCGGACUGUCUCGUUCAAAGUCUCAUUGCCAACUUUAACGAUCCCACGCUCAACCUCUGGAAAGCUAGCGUUGUACAGCCGUCGUUCAGGUCGCAAGCACAUCUUUCAAUCUCGGCGUACCAUGGAGUUUCCUUGAGCAGGCCUUCCGAGGUGCUGAAAAGCCUGAAGUGCGCAAACGCCUGUGGCACCUGUACGGCAUGCCCACGAUCUCGCAAACCUACAGCUCCAUCCGCAGUCCUCCUUGUACGCCGAUCAGCGCUUGUUGCGACAAAUGAUAUCGGGAAGAGUGUGCUUCAUAUAAAGGCGGCGCUGGUCGUCGAGAGACGUGGUUCUUCCUGCGAACCAUGCCUUCUCUCACUUUUCAUCAGGUUUCACAGGACCCCAAGCUAGUUAUCGCCGCAACCAGCCUGGUUUCUUAUCUAAUUUUCAAGCGGUAUGAGCCCUCGAAGCCGGUACCGGCGCUUCUCAUGCUCGGUGGUGUCCCUGCGACGCUCGCCUUCGCUUUGCAAGAUCACUUCAGCAGCGUGACAACCGCAGUCAUUAUCGUCUUCGCAGAAUACUGGGGUCUCCUGACGUGUUUUGUACUCGCAUACCGCGCAUCCCCUUUUCAUCCCCUGGCGCGUUAUUCCGGCCCACUCCUCUGCAAGCUCUCCAAGGGCUGGCUCAUGUAUCUGACCGCCAGCACAGGGAAGACAUACAUUUACAUUCACGAGCUGCACAAGCUGUAUGGCGACGUGGUCCGGAUUGGUCCGAACGAGCUGUCUAUCAGGCAUAAGGACGUCUGUACCACAGUUCUGGGACCGAAGGGUCUUCCCAGAGGGCCUUUUUACGAUACGCGCAUACACGACUCGGGAGUCAGCCUCGACGGGCUCCGCGACAUGGCAUUGCAUACCGUUCGGCGUCGUCCCUGGGCACGGGCCAUGAAUAGCGCGUCGACGAAAUACUACGAGGAGCUGAUCCGGAAAACCGUCAGCGACCUCAUCAGCGGUCUCAAUGAGCGCGUUGACCGUCCCGUCGACAUUGCAGAAUGGAUGUCGCUUUUUGGACUCGACUUCAUGGGACGCAUGGCGUUCACCUACGACUACAACAAUCUCAAAGAGGGGAGGGACACGCACGGUUUUCAUGAGAUGAUCGUGAAGUCUCUCUUAGAUCUCCGUUGGAUUUCUCACAUCCCCUGGGCUAUUCCGUUCCUCAAACUCGUGCCCGGCGCAAGCAAGAACUGGGAUGACAUGAAAGCUGCAGGCGACAAAGUUGCGCUGCACCGCGUGAACCUGGACUCGAGCCGUCCGGAUCUCUUUCAUCAUCUAAUGGACGAAGAUGGCCACGAGGCCGUCAGACCAAAGCUCGAAGUUGUCGCAGUCGAUGGCACUCUGGCAAUCAUUGCCGGAGCCGACACUAUUGCUACUGCAAUGAGCCAUGUCUGGGCGUUCUUGCUCCGUAACCCGGCCUGUCUCGAGCGCCUGCGCAAGGAAAUCGACGCGGAGUUUUCUCUGGGAGACGACAUUGAUUUUGCCAAGUUGGCGAACAUGCCGUACUUGAAUGCCUGCCUGAACGAGGCAUUGCGUGUACUCCCUCCUGUCUUGGCGGGCCUGCAGAGACGAGUUGAACCAGGCACAGGGGGCAAGAUGGUUGGGCCCUACUUUAUUCCUGAAGGAACCCAGGUAUCGCCUAUCGCGUACACCAUCCACCGCAACCCCGAUAACUUCUCGCCGCUCCCGAACGUGUUCUGGCCGGACCGCUGGCUUUCUCAGGAGAUGUACACGCUGCCCUCGGGAGAGACACUGCCAGCAGACGCGGUACACACAAACCGCGACGCGUUCACGGCAUUCUCGCAGGGCCCAAUGGCCUGCGCAGGCAAGAGCGUCGCGCUCGCCGAGAUGCGCGCCGUCGUCUGCUCGGUGCUGCAGCACUUUGACGUACACGUUGCGGACGAGCGAUGCCUGAACGCGUGGGAAGACGUUAUGGUCGAGUUCUUCGUCACAAAGACUGGACGGUUGCCUGUGCGGCUGGUGCCCAGGGAAUGAGCAGUGUGUAGCAUAUCUAAGACCGAACGG